CGCUCUUAAAACGAUUGGUUAGCUAUAUUUAAACAUCCUGCAAUUCUUCGUUUCACGGUGAUUUAACCAAUAAGUGACCCUCUUUUAAUUUAAGACAACCGGAAUAAGAAAACUGAAUACACGAAAGUCAUUUAUGUCGACGCGAGAUAGUUUGUUUCGCAAAGAAAUGAUAAGACUUAAAGUCGGCGAUUGCCUCAUCUCAGUCAAGAGAGUAUGAAAUCGUCCAUCUCGUCAUAAUCUAUUUUUUAACUGCUAAGAACAACGGAAUAAAAAAGCCAAUAAAUUGAAAUUGUUUCCAAGGAGUUGGUUUGGUUAAAUAUUCAUUACAAACGUGACCGUCCCUAAAAAUCACAAGGCAAUUUUUACUGAUGAUAUCUCACACAGAGAUACUGUCCGUGUGUCAAUAUUUUCUACCAACGCAGGACAUUUGCAUUUUAGCCCGAGGUAGACUCGAUCAUCUUAGCUUCAUAUCGCCCUCUUCAAGAACACUUGGCAGAAUACAUCAGAAAAUAUCAGCGUCGUCAAGAAGAUGGUCUUUGGGGGGCCAAUAGAAUGCCGCAAUUCAAGUUCACCUCAAACGCUUUCCUUCAUCACAUCUGCAAUGUCUUCGCUUCUUAUGUUAACCACAGUUCCUGGAAAUCUUCUUAUUUGUGUGGCAGUUGUCAAAGAUCCGUUCAAGACAUUGCGUUCGCCCUUCAAUCUCUUCUUGCUAAACAUUUCAGCUGCUGACCUUGUAGUUGGCUUAGCAGUGCUUCCUCUCUCCAUAGCUUACCACUCGCUGGAGGGAAUGGGUUUAAUGUACGAUGCAUUGACAAAAGCGUUACAUCUUUCUUUCUUCAUUUCAUGUACAGCUUCUGUCCUGGGCAUCGCAGCGUUGAGUAUAGAUCGCUAUGUUUGUAUUACUUCACCCAUGAAAUACCGCUUGAAGCUGAAAUCCUUACAAGUCAAGAGGGCGUCUUUAAUCAUUUGGCUGAUCUCCGUGAUUUGCCCUUUCACGUAUCUUUAUGUAGACUUUAUAAUAUACACGUUGGUGUUUGCCAAUGGAACCCUUCUUUUUACAUUACUCGUUUUGGCGUUUGUAAACCACAAGAUCCACCACAGUCUACAAACUCAGCGAAAACAACUUCAGACCCUUGUGGAUGGUGAAAAGUUGAGAACGAGUUUAUCACAGCGUGAUGCCCGAGUCACAAAAACAUUUCUGUUCUUCCUUGGCUCUUUUCUCGUCUUAACUUUACCUCCCUUAACAUUUAGCUAUGUGUUAAACUUCUGCUCUUCUUGCAAUUGCCGAACAAUUCACAUCUUCAGAGAUUUUCAGUUUCUUUCUAUAUUAUUUCCCAGCUCGGUGAAUCCUUUUAUUUACGCCUUAAGGCUUCCAAACUUCAGAAGAGCCAUAACAGUGAUAUGCAGAAAAAUUUUAGGGAAUCGAUUUGCGACUAAAAACCCUCAAUUUCCUAUUUUGGAUUCUAGCUCUACUGAAGCUUUGAGUAGACAUAGCCCUAGAAGACCAUCGGUCUUGCCUGAGCUUCGAUCAGUUGAUGAAACACUUGUCAUUGAGACAAACGCAAGAAUUGACGUGACAACGAGACUCAGCCGAUGGAGAGCAAACGCCAAAGUAUCGUUUGAUGUUAAUCAGUUUGAUAUCAACACUUUGCAUGUUGACAGCAAGUUUCAUUGUGAAGAGCGAACUGCAAACAGAAGGGAACAUGGAAUAUCACAGUUUUACAGAGUCACCACGACUAUAUAAACAAACUGCAAGAGGAUGUUGUACACAGAUUUUUAUUGCUGAUAUCUAAAUUUCUUCAUUAGGUCAUUACAUAAUUAUAUGUACGGAGUAACUCUAAAAAAUAAUGUAUUAGUGAACCAUAAGAUAAGGUGUUAUUCGGCAGAAUAAAUUUGUCGGUCCAUGUAGUUAGGUAGCUAUACAGAUUAGAUGAGAAAGAAGAAUGACCGACUGCAGCUAGAGAGUUCACUUGGCAAAUAUACGUACAGAAAAAUAUGUUGAAAUAUGGAUUUAUUCACGUUUAAGGAGAAAAUUGAGUGACUGUAACAUCGCAGAGGGCGCCUUGGUAACAGGAAGAGAUCUAUGUCACAGCACCUUGGUUCAUGGAGAUUAAAAUUCAGCUGGAUCUACUCUAAGAGCAUUAAGGAAAACACAGGAUCUAACACUAGCUUCUUCAGCAAACAGCUGUAUGUGAUCGAAUUGUUCUUACAAUUAAAAUUUUAUAGAAGUAUCUUUUGUUUCUUUAAAGAUUAAAUACUCUCUAUAAACAGACGAAAUAUUGUGUAUAAAGGCAUUGUUUCCU